CCACCGCGUGUGCUCAUGUGCAGUGCCUCGAUGGGAGCGGAAGGAUCCGUCACGUUACAGCUCCGGGAAGCCGUGCAAGCCCCGGAUGCGGCCGGAUCCCUCGAUGGUGCGCUCACGAUCGGCUAUCCGGAUCCGGAAAUGUUGGCCGACAUGUUGGGCACAUUCCAGGGCGCUUCGACCGGUUCGUCGGACGCGGAUGCUGGUGCCUUCGAUCUGCUUCAGGACACCAGCAACGAUGGCAGCACGGUCGGUACGACGACCACUCUCCGGACGACGGCCGCUGAACAAAUCGAACAUCUCGCUGGGGCCAUCCUUACCAAAGCGGGCUCCAGCAGCAGCAGUAGUAACGCCACGGUGACGAUAAAAACGGAACCAGGCGCGAAAGCUACCACCGACCAGAAGGGCAAUGUGUCCUCGAACCCGUUCAGCCACUCGUCCAGCCUGUCCAGCAGCACCAACAGCCUGUCUCCGUCGUCGACAGCCAUCCUGCAUCACGGCACCACGAUGGUGACCGUGAAAAGUUCACCCAAUGCCGGAAGUGGCGCCAGUCUCGCUGCUGCCAGUCCCACAGGUCUCGUCCUGACGACAGUGAACCGUGCCGAGGCGGCCAUUUCGCCGGCGAUGGGGUCGGGAAAUAGCAGCGCCUCGUCGUCACCGUCGGCUGCGUCCUCACCGGGAGCGGUUUCGUUGAGCGGGUUGUCUGGGGGGUUGGUCAAGAAACCCCGACCUAAGACGGUCUCACCCACCCGGCAUGGGCCGCAACAGUGUCAGGUCUGCAGCAAAGUGUUCGGGAAUGCGUCCGCCCUGGCGAAGCACAAGCUAACGCACAGUGACGAACGCAAGUACGUGUGUGGCAUGUGCUCGAAGGCGUUCAAACGGCAGGAUCAUCUCAACGGUCACAUGCUGACGCAUCGUAACAAAAAACCGUACGAGUGCAAGGCGGACGGCUGCGGCAAGUCAUACUGUGACGCGCGGUCUUUGCGGCGUCACACGGAAAACCACCACAGUGCGCUCGGGUUGGCGGCUCCAUCCGGUACGGCUAGCCCGGGACCACCGGGUGGUAGCAAUACUGGACCACCGGGUGGGCUCAGUCUGUCACCGGCGACGGCCAGCGGCGACGCGAGCUCACCGCACGGGGCAACCCUCGUGCAGUACAGUGCCAACGGCGGUACAACCGGAAGCAGCAACAGCAACUGCAGCCUGUCGAGCAGUUCGAGCAGCAGCUCGAGCAGCAGUUCGAGCAGCAGUGGUAACGUAAGCGACUCGAAUUCGAGCUGUAAAUCACCCUCACCCAGCUCACCAGCACCCGGUUCCGGUAACGAGGGUCUCACGCGCCAACAGCUCGAUCUCAUCUCGCAGAUCAUGCAACAGACGAAGCAAGCGAAUGCUGCCGCCGCUGCUGCUGCUGCUGCCACCGCUAAUGCCUCCAGUGCCAAUGGUUCCGGCCAGUCUGCCUCCAGCCAGAAGGUUCCAGUGCGUCCCCGGACCUGGAACAUGCAGCUGCAGCUCAGCCAGAACAAGCUGUCCACCGUGACCGCAACGACGACGACGACGGCGACAACGCUAGCGACGCCAGCGACGGUGGUCAGUGCCGUGCCAGUGUCCUCGCUGAGUAUCCCUGCGUCGACGGCGUCCGCCAACGUCAACCACAGCACCGUCGUCAGCGCGCUUGCCGGCGGCACCAUUGGAAAGGCGAAAAACACCGCCAGCACAAGUGCCGACGCUAAUGGAGCCCUCGCGGUGACAUCGACAACGCUGGGAGCCUCCAGCGGUGCGGUUGCCGUGGUUUCCACGACGACAACGGCGACAACGACGGUGGCGGCGACGUCAUCGAUGGCGUCGACCGCAGCAGCAGCAGCAGCAGCUGGCGGGCAAAGCGGAACAUCCGGUACGGUGCCACCCACCAAGCUCGAGCAGAAACCGGUCGAGUGCAAUCUGUGCCAUCGGAAGUUCAAAAAUAUUCCCGCCCUUAACGGGCACAUGCGGCUCCACGGGGGCUACUUCAAGAAGGACUCGGAGGCGAAGAAAUGUGAUAAGAAGGAGAACACUGGCCCACCGCUGCAGACCGCGAGCGUCGGUGUGCGGGCGCUGAUCGAGGAGAAGAUCAUCAACAAGCGCAGCAAGGAUCUGAAGAAUCUCUUAUUGAAGGGUUCGUUCGUCGUGCCAGCACCACCGCUAACCGCCCGCCGGUUGAUCGACGCCAGCGAAGCAUUCCUCUCACCCAAACCGGGCACGGUCGCGAUCGUCUCCACAUCCAACGGCACCACGCAGAUCAUCAACACCGCCACGCUCCACUCGAAGGCGACGGUGCUGACGGCGGCCAGUGCUCCCCACUCCACGGCCUCUACUCCAGCACCCUCGAUAACGAUCAACGGUCUAGCGACGACCGUGACCACCAGCAACGCCACAAUCCCAACGACAACCAUCGGUACGGAGCUGAAGGAUGCCACGUUGAUCGAGCUGUUGAAGCGCGGUACCAAGGUUGCUGUAAAACGAGCGGCCACCAUCACCGAUACACCUGCGUCGAUUGCGACCAUCCCAUCUGUGUCACCUGCGACGACCCCCAGUUCUGGUUCUCACACGCGCACCCUAACGGUCGUCCCCGGUACGACACUUUCCGCAGCGACUCCAAAAGGAUCUUCGUCCGUCAACGCCAGCACAGGGUUGCUGACCAAUCCCACCGGCGACCAUGGUGGUCCACUUUCGCUGACCAUCUCGCAAACUCCAACCACGACCACACCCGGAGACGUGUUCACGUUGGCUUACUCGACCGAUUUUGGUGACAAUGACGUGUACAGUGUGAGUGAUACGGCCAUGUUGCUGCAAGCCGUCGACUCCAUUCAGCUGCUGCAGGACUCGAACUCCGCUGAACCGCUGGAUGAGAUUACGCUCUCGGAUUACGGGUCGAUCACGGAUCAGGGAUUUGCACCGUCACGCCAGAUCCAGGCCGUGUUGGAUUCGCCACUCCCGGAAAGCCUCGCCGAGUUUGGUGCACUGCACGCGAAGGACUUUAACGUCCUGUACGGUGGUUCGACGGGUGGAAGUGAUGCGAGUGGUGGUGGUGGGACCGCCGCCGGUGGGAACUUGCUCGAAUCAUCGCCCCAUCUGUCGCCGCUUCCUUCACCAUUGGCCUACCCGACACCUCCGGCAUCGCACGAGGCUGUUGCGCAGGCAUCGCCUUUCCUGGAUGAUUCGCGCCAUUUCACCGACGCGGGAUCCUUUUUCGAUGACAAGCGAGGUGGCCAGAGCUUCCUGGAUGAGGGGUUCUUCAAGAGUGAACCGAAGGACGGUGACGUGUCGGUGAAGGUGUGCGAGAGUGAGAAGAUCCUGGCGCUUAAGCACGAGCUGCUCGACGAAAACCAUGACCUGUUCCGUGCGAACAAACACCUGCUGGAUGAUCACUGCUCGGAGUUGUUUAAGACGGAGGAUAGCUUCUUCGCGGAGUCGAAACCGGCCUCGGUCGAUGGGUCGUCGAAGAUGAAUCUGGACUUUCUCGAUGAUGCGCAGGUGUUUAUUGAGGAGUCACGCAACACCGCCUCGCCGCUGUCGAAUGCGUUCUUCUCCGCGACGAUGUCGUCUGCCGCAGAGGUUAAGGAGGCACUCGAUGAGGUGUUGCCGAAUGAUGAUGACGAUGACAUCGGUGUGACGGAGGGUGACAUUGAUCUGUACUACCUGAAUGGCCUUUCUUCGCUGCAGUCCCAGAUGAUGCCCAACUCGGACGAUCCGCUGCUGUCGUCGUCUCCGAAGGACUUUGCUCACCGGCAGCAUCAGAAGUUUCUCUUCGAGCAGAGCCAAGCCACUCAGCAGCAGCAGCAGCAGCAGCAACAGCAACAGCAGCUUCAGCAACAACAGCUCCAGCAACAGCAGCAGCAGCAGCAACAGCCAACAGCAGGCUCCAACCAGUGUAUGCCACCCAGUGCCAAAAAAUUGAAACCCUCCGACACCGAGCUGACCCCAACGUCGUUCGGUGGUGAUGCGAACAAGACUCCACUCACGGUACAAACCGAACCCGUACCAAAGGACGCCGACAGUGUGUUCCUGAGCCCGAGCAGUCUGUCCUCGCACAGUUGUUCAUCGUCCUCGUCCUCAGUGUCACUUUCUGCGGUGGCUUCUCCCAGGCUUCAGCACGCGCUGUUAGGCGGUGGUAGUGUCGGUGGACCCGUGUGGCCUCGCAAACGUUCCCAAACCAGCUCCACCAGUGGUUCCGUGACAAACAGCACAAACCUACCCAUCGGUCAACGGAAAUCAACCAUCUAUCUGUCGAGAUUGCGCCGUUCGACCACCGCACUCUUACCAGCGCUUCACUACACGCCUUCACCAAUGUUAAACCCUGAACGAGCCGGUACUAGUGGGCUAUAUGCGAGCGUUGUUCAUGGCCGAUCGACCGGUAACGCUGAUACCGAUCUUGACUCCACCAUGGACAGCACGAACGACAUCUUUUCUGAGCCACCGUUGCCGAUUCGACCGCGCAUCAAUCUCGGACCAGACUAUCAGGCGACGCUCCCUGAAUGUACUCGGCCCAGUUACGGUGGGUUGCAGCAGUUCCACGCCACCAGCCAACGCUCACAGCGGUUGUGGGAUCCAGCUUUGGCCACGAACGAACGGCAGGUGCAGCGAUUUAUCGAGCUAGCUCGAUCUUCAGCCGCUCCACUUGGUUGUCACUCGGAAGAGAACGCCUUGCAAGCGUUGCUGGAAGCGAAUGGGGAGAUCCAUCAGGCCAUACUGGGGAUGUUGCAGGGUCAACCCGCCACUAUCCACCGACGCUGGACGGCUGACGAAAUCGAGCAGCUUAGCCAGGGUUUGGAGGAGUACGGCAAGGACUUCCACAGGAUCGCACGUGAUCUGCUGCCUGGCAAGUCCACGGCCGAUUGCGUGCAGAUGUACUACUUCUGGAAGAAGCUGGGCAUCGAUUAUAAGGGUGCGGCUUUGGCUGGACCAAAAUACGGCUCCAAUCUGCAUGGUUCCCCAUCACCGACGCCCUCACCACCGGCACCACCACCACCGGUGGAGGAUCUGCUAAUGGAUCACCUCGACUAUACGGCAAGCAUCGCCACCACGACGACCGGGACAUCACGGGUACCUUCGCAUUCUGGGCCCGUGCAAAGCCAACCGACCGGUGGCACUACGAACCCAACGCCCAGUGACGUCCGACCGCAUGUCUGCGAGGUUCCCGACUGUUCUGCGAGCUUCUCGUCGAAAGCGGCCCUCCACGGUCACAUCCGCAUACACUGCAUCGGGCGCAGCCACAGCGCAGUUCAAAAUGGUAAUUUCUUGAGUGCCGCCGGUAACCCCAUUAACCCUAACCACAUACCGACAAAGGAUGACUAUCCCUGCAAGGUGUGCGGCAAGGUAUUCAAUAAGGUAAAAAGCCGAAGCGCCCACAUGAAAUCACACCGGCCGCAGGAUGCAAGCGACCAGCUGCAGCAUCAACUCCAGCUGCACCAGCAGCAGCAGCAACAGCAGCAUCAGCAGCAGCAGCAUCGUCAGCAAGAUAACGAAAAAACGGAACCACAUGAGGACGCCGGCCACCAACCGCCCCAAACGGUAGCGAAGGAACCGCCAAAGUAACGCUACCGCCACCGACGAGCUCCACCGACGGCGCGGCUGGGUCGGUCGGCACAUCCCGAUCACGGAACGCAUCUAGACAAUCUUCUUCUUGCCCGGAACGCGGCAAAGGCGGCACCCGGACGCGCGGAGGUGAGUCCGGUUCGUUCGAAACGCGACCCCGAAACGGACACGCGUCUCACAGGACCACCACCGGACCGGACCACGUGCGCUAACUGAACAGAGCAGCAGUUUUUUUUUUGUUUUCUUGGAAGAGAGAGAGAAAACAUGCUAAACCACACUCAUCCUCGCCGUGCCUGGGAGGAAAACAUGAAGGAAAAAAAAAGCACAAAAUUUACACUCUACUAACGAAUGGUUGUUAAAGCUACAAAUCACCCGCCAACGAAAAAAAAAAACUCCGGCAGUUGAAAAACGCAAACCCACAGAACGAGAAAUUGCACACAAUGUACAUACACACGGCGCGGGAAGGAUGCGCCACAAAUGCAAUGUGCGGCCCUUUUUUUCGGUACGGUGAAGGGAUAGGGGGUGUGCAAAUACCAGGUCAAAUUAUGGAACUUCCACAAGCGCCUCGUCCCGGGAGGCGACUAACGUAUAACCGUAGCACCCACGCAGUACCGUUUGGCGUUGCGGAGGAAGUUGAGAUACCUUAGCGAGAUAUAAAGCAGCCAAAAGGGAAAUGUUGUGACGGCAAAAGGGGGCAGAACUUUGAAAAUCUCAAACGGCGCGUUCCGAGGCGCGAUACAAAUUUAAUUAAGCAAACCAAAAAAAAAAAAGAAAAGAAAACCAACCUGUGUAGUAGAUAAUCGAAACUCGUACUUGUUCGUGCA